AUGACUAGUUCCGCUAUCGAUCAUAAUAGUAGCCAAUUAACUAUAUUAUCAGCUAAUGCAAGAAAACGUAUCUUGUUUAGUACCGAAUUAUUGAACUCAUUUGUCAAUCAACAUUAUUACGAUUUUCUUAUUGUGUCUGAAUAUCAUGAUGAUGCAGCAACAACUGUUAAAAAUGACCAUUUGUGCAUGACAAAAAGAUGUGUAAAACGACAAGGUGGAGUAUUAGUCUGCUUUAAAAACUCAUUGAACAUAACGAGAGCAUUUGAAUGUGAAACAGAUCAAAACGAUAUAAUAGAUUUGUUUGCUCACACAAAACCGAAAAUAACCUGUUUUAUUGCUGUUUAUAAUCGUCCCGGUCGCCAAAAUGUAAUUAAAUUUAUUGACAAAAUGUACAAGAAAAUAAAGAAACAUACCGAUGAGAUUAUUCUCAUAGGGGAUUUAAAUGCAAGACAUCAACAUUGGGGCGAUCACGUAAACAACACUGCCGGUAAAAAAUUAUAUGAGAAAAUAAUUGAAUAUGAUCUGGAAAUAGCCAAUGAAUUUAGAGUGUCUACCUAUUUUGAUUCACAGGGAUCUAGCAGUAUUAUAGAUUUAACACUUCAUACUGAAGAACUAUUAUUGUUUAGUCCAAAGUGGUCUGUAGGAAAACAGCAAUUAAAUCAGACAGACCAUGAACUCAUUGAAAUUAAUCUGCACGAUUUAGAACGGAAAAAAUCAACUUUUCAAUCAUUUCAGGACAUGUGUAGAUGGAACUAUUCAAGGGCAGAUUGGACUAAAUUCGUGCAAAAUAUUGAUGAUGCAAUUGGAGCAACAGGUUUAGAGGCAGCAUUAAUCAGAAAUAAAGAUGAGAUUGAUAAAUUUGCAAAACAAAUAGAUGACAUCUUACUGAAUGCAGCUCAUGUUACAAUUCCAAAAGAAAAUCGAUCACCACAGAAUUACAACAGAUAUUUAGAAGAACGAAAACGGUUUGAAACUGAUAUUGAAACAGCAAAAUCAGGUUAUUGGUCUAAAAUUAGUAAAUCAAUGAAACUACGAACAAUACAGACAAAAAUGUCGAGAAAACCUCAACAACCAAUCCCUGAUUUAAUUGAUGAAAAUAACAAACAGCUUGUAGAAAAACAUGAGAUAGUUCAGGAAUUUAUAGAUGAAUUUUGCACGGAUAACAAUAGUGGCCAAGAUUUAAAUACCAAUUUUGGAUUUAGAAAAGGAUUAGGCACAGAGGAUGCUCAGCUGUUUUUGGCUCAUCAAAUAGCAAAAGGUGUUGACAAAAACCAAGUUAUAUCAGCAGCAUUCCUCGAUGUUGGCAAAGCAUUUAACAGUAUCGAUCCAAAUCUGUUAUUUACUAAACUAAAAGAUUCGGGUAUAUCGUCGGCUUUCGUCAGUUUUAUUAGAUCAUUUUGCGGGCCACGACAAGCUUAUAUUUCUAUUGAAAAUGACAUUACAUCAAAAGUUAAACUAUCUAGUUACGGAAUUCCACAAGGAAGCUCAUUAUCGCCAGUCCUAUUUAAUAUUUACAUUAGAUCAAUUUUUAGAACUUCGUCGAAUAACACUAUACUAUUUGGUUAUGCUGAUGACCUGACAGUUACUGUGUCGGGAAAAAAAAGUCGAUAUAAUGUAAUGAGAUUAAGAUCAUUCAUCAGUAAAAUCGAAAAUUCAUUAAGAGAAAUAAAAUUGGAGAUCCAAAUUGAUAAAACACAUCUAAUCUAUUUUAAUCGAAAAAGACAACGUCAGAAUUCUCAUUUAAUCUAUAAAGGCAGCCGAAUACUACCAUCGGAUCCCAUUAACUAUUUAGGGGUGAUAUUUGACAAAAAGUUUAAGCGGGACAAACAUCUUGAGCAAAUUAGUAUAUCAAUAGCUAGAGAAUUUGGCAAAAUAAAGCGAUGGAUUAGUCAAAAUAAGCUACAAGAUGUGAAAACAUUAAUUGAUUUAUACAAAACUCGAUUAAUUUCAAAGAUCGAUUACGGUGCGCCUGUAUCGUCAGCUACAUUAGCAAAAUCAUCACUAAAAAGAAUCGAAAAAAUUCAGAAACAAUAUUUGUCCUAUGCUAUCGAUUCAUUUGAAAUCUCACCACAAGUCAUCGAGGCUGAAUGUAGAAUAUUACCGUUGAGAUUACAUCUAAAAAUGAAAAGAUUGAAAAAAGCAGCGUCGGUUAGAUCAAAAGGUCUUUUUAAUCCAUUAUGA